UAAACCUAAAAGAUUUGAUAAAAGGUAUCUGAGUUGAUUGUUCAACUGUGUGACUAAGUACAGCGCAUGACAACUGUGGAAGUGCACAUCAACGUCCUCAAGUGUGGAUGAGGAAGGAUGCAUAAAUGAAUUAUCAGUGGUUCAUUCUAGUUAAGUGCAUUGUUCGAUUUGGUUUUCAUUUCUAUAUGUUGGUGUGUUGAGUAUGCAUUUAGCUGUUUUUGAUAGAACAUUUGCUACAGAUGAUGUCGCCUAACAGUAUGAUGUUCAUAUCCUGAUAUAUUGCAUAAUGUUAGAUGUUCAAGUUUUAGGCUCUGCUCUCCUUAGCCCUAUACCCUACAAAUAAUUAAAUACAGAACAAAGUGACCAGAAAUCCAUUGCAUCUUCACCAUCAGUAGCUAUAAUAGAAACAGUAGUCUGAGCAGGAAAAUGUACUAAAGAACCUAACAAGUUAAUCAGAAAUCCAGGUCAAUCAUUUUUUCUUUCUGAAAAUGAUAGAAUAGACCAGCAUAUUAGGAGGUUUCCACUUAAUUCUAAAAACCAGGACUUCCAUUUCCACUGAUUAGAUCCCCACACAAUGGAAUUUGGCCAGGGAGGAAUCCACCAAGCACAAAAUAUAUACAAUCAUGCACAACAGAUGGAGAAAAUUAAAGAGGAUUUCUUGGCUUUUGCUAUGUCCUUUUGGAGAUGCCAUCAGCUGGCCACAAGGUAUAUUUUAUUUCAUUAACUUUUAAUCUGCAGGUCACAGCAGGACCAUAAAUUUCAUCCUAGUCAAAGAAUCCCUUUCCAAAAGCAAAAAUGGUGGACCAUAACAUGCAAUUCUGCCUCCCAAGUGGCUCUUGCUUUCAUGAUUUACUUUUACUACUUUCAGCUGACCCUGUCUUCUCUUGGAGUAGUCUUGUGUUUUCUGUACCAUUGUACGUAUAGCAUUCUUGGAAGUUCAAAGCUCAGCUAACUAUAUGAUUUCAUUUAUUUUCGUCAAUUUGUUCUACUUGUACAAAGAAAUUGGAAUGUGCUUUGAUCACCAAACCCAAACAAUAGAGUCCUAUAUUUUAAGAGAAAUCAGAAAUCUACAAUGCCACUAAUUUCUUCUUCGUUAAGUGUAGUUGCCCUUUUGCAAUCAAAAAAGAAAAAGCACUUCCCUUUUGAAAAGCUUAAAGUGGUGUGCGAUGACAUGGAUGAUGGGCCUUUCCAGACUCAUGGUCUUCUUCUUUAACUUGAAUUGAGAGUGAUUCAGAGCAUAUGGUAGCAAACAAAGUUUUAUCACUGGGAGUUGCUCACUCUGAAAUACUACUACCUUGUAGCCUUUCAGAACUCGAAGUACUGCCGCAAAACAGAACAAAUUUUCAAUAUUGGAAGCAAUAACAAAGCUGAAUUUACAUCUUAUCUUCCAUGGCUCAAGAAGUAUCAGAUGCGAAGAAUAUCAGCUUGAAGGCAUUGGUGGACAAGGGAAGAAACAGAGUAAUCUUCGUAGAGGCCGAUAAUGAUUUCAUUGAUGUUCUCUUCAGUUUUUUGACAUUACCAAUGGGAAAAAUUGUCAAGCUUGCUCGCGACCAUUCAACAGCACUGGAAAUAGGUUGCAUAAACAAAUUGUAUCAGAGUAUUGAGAAGCUUGAUGUGCACGUUUUCAGGUCCAAUGUAUGUAGAGACAUGUUGUUACUUCCGCACUGUGCAGCUAACUGUCAUUGCAAGAACCUCAAAUUGAAAAUUAUUGACGAUGUGGAGCCAACACGGUUUAGGUGCAAUAAUUACGCUUACGGUUGCUCCUGGUUAAGUUAUUAUGCAACGGUUCCUUGCCCUUCCUCACAUACCGGGCGUUCUGAAGUAUAUCUUUCAGUGGACGAUUCUCAAGUUGGAGGGGUAUUUGUAAAAGACGGAGCCAGUGUUAUAAUAACUGAUGAUUUACAAGUGCUACCCCAAUUAAGUGCAGCUAGCAUUUCCUUGUUUACCAAGCUUGGAGCCACGAAUAGCAAUACCACUGAGGAGCUAACUUUUAAUAUUGGAGUCGAGCAGGUUUUGAAUUUGCUUGUGAGCUCAUUUGUAUCCAAAACGCCAUUCACUGAAACUCUGCUGAAGCCUAAUCCUGUACCAAAAUUUGGUUGUGUGAAUUCCAGUCAAGGAAAAUGUAUUGAAUCUCAAAUGUCGGGGGACUCCAUAGACGAGGAAAAAGAAAAAAACAUCUCUGUCAAGCUCAUAGUGAGUAAAUCAAAGAAUGUGGUUUGCUAUGCAGAAGUACGAGAGGAUUUUGUUAAUUUGAUCUUCAGUUUCUUGACUCUUCCACUUGGGUUUAUAUUAAAGCAGAUGCUGGAUUUCCCUUGGAAAGGAUGUAUUGAUCAGUUGUGCAAGGGUGUCCUGGAUUUUGAUGAGCAAUUUUUUAAGUCAAAUCACCACAAGGAAUUGCUAUGCAAUCCCAAACUUGUUCCUGGGUUCAUCUUUGAGAACAAUCUUUUAGGAAUUGAGGAGGCCGUGUACUAUAGGUUUUAUGAUAAUAAGUAUAAGUGGACUUCUGAUAGUUCCAUUAUCCCUUCUAACCAGUCCUCAGUCGAAGUUAAAUUUUUGGAUCCCAAAUCCCAUGGUGAUAAAGAUAGAAAUGCUAGGGGAUUCUUAAAAGAACCAGCGAUUUUCACAGUAACUGACAAUUUGGAUGUAAGGCGAGCAUCUCCAAUCUUUCAACUGUCUGUUCUUAAUGAUUUGAAGGUACAUUUCACUGAUAUUGAGGACCGAACUGUGCAUGUUGGCAAGAACGAGGCUUUGCGUCUUUUGGUGGCUUCUGUUGUUUCUGACUCAGCUCUAACCAAUGCUUUCCUACGGAAGCCACAGGAGCCAUCGAUUAAGCGAGAGCAAUGAGGAGUACUUAAGAAGAGGCUUUGCGUCUGUUGGCGGUGUCUUUUGUUGGUGAUUCUGUUCUCACUGAUGCCUUCAAAAGGCAGCCCCAUGUAAGAAAUGAAGAAAGCUUGGUUAUCUAAUACAAAACAGAACCACCAACAUGGAUAUUGUGUUUGGCACUACCUUCACUGAGGGUUUGGCUUCGGCAUGCUUGUAGUUUAAGCCAAAUGUUAUCCGAUGGUGUAUUUAAAAUGCAUGCUUUCUACUGCUUAGCCAGUAACAACCAAGUAUUUAUCUCCGUUGAUUUCACAACAAAUAUGCACACAAUGUGGUAUUUUUCAGAUUUUGAUAUGUUAAAAAAAGAAGAAGAAAGGUUUUUUCAAGGCAGCUGCGCGUUCUCUCUCUAACCACAACUAGGGUUAGGGUUUUCUCGCCGUCUGCAGCUUUUUCUCUCAAACAUCAAUGGCAAUUGAUGCAAUGGGCGCACAUCUCGAUGCUUCUCUCGCUCUCGCGGAGGGGAAGAGGCCUGUGGACUUGCGUCCGUCCAAGGGAUUACGACAACAUGAAGCUUUCAUGGUGGGAAAGCUACUCACAGCGAGAGACUAUACUCGCCACUUGUUCAUGGGGAUGUCCCGAUCUGCAUGGAGGGUGAAUGGCACUCUUAGGGUUGAGGAAACUUGAGAAGAUGAUCGGGUUCUCUUCUCUUUUUUGGAUCCGACUGACAGAGCUAGGGUUUGGAAAGGAGGACCAUGGGGCUUCAAUAGGGCUCCGAUAGCAAUUGCAGAAUAUGAUGGUGUCGGCCAGAUCUCGGCGGUGCCAUUGAAGACGUCGUCAUACUGGAUGACGUUAUUGGGUGUUCCCCCUGCCUUUCGGUCUGAAAGGAUUAUGAGACUCAUUGGCAGUACCUUGGGUGAUUUCAAAGAAUAUGAUAGAACCACUUUCUGGCAAAGGGUACUGCGUAUAAGAGUUGAGAUCGAGUAUGCUAAGCCAUUGUUAUUCAAGCAGCGAUUCUGGGUUGAAGAUGAUGUGUAGUUUCUGGUGAAGUUCAAAUAUGACAAGGUUUUUGGGCGUUGUGGGCGGUGUGGCUUUGUUACCCACGUCGGCCUCCCAUGUUCCGGCCCUGAGUUGGAGGAGGAUGAGGAGGAGGUUGCAGGUGUGGUGGCACAACCGUCUGCACUAGCGGUGUUGCGAGAUGAGCCAGGAACGAGUUCAAAUGCAACUAGGGUUUUGACAAAUAACCAAACCCUAAUCUUCAAGGCCAAGUUACCUAGCACCGUCCCUGAAUUUUGUCUUCCUGCGGCAGUGGCAGCGGCUCGAAGGGAGAAACGACAGGUGUAGAUUCGGGAAAUCACAGAACCGACACCAGUUUGAGCCUAUUCUUGGUCAGCGUCGGGCUAAGGAUGCUGAUGAGGUAACUAUUUCUCCUAAAAAACUGAGGUUGAGUUUAGCUAUUGGCAAAAAGAAUUUGGAUGCAGUGACUCUGGGACUAUUGGAGGGGCCAGCUGAACAUGUUGAGCAGCAGAAAAGGAAGAGAGACCGGCCUAUUGGAAGCUUGAAUAAAUUGCCUUAUGGUAUGGCGGGGAAAGGAAAAAAUGCCAAGAAUGAGGGUGACUCGGGUAAGAAGGUUCCAAGGAAGAGCAGGAAGACCAACCUGAUGCCGAGGUUGUUAGCUGUUGAAGAGACUGACUAGGGUACUACCUCCAACCCUAAGGGGAAGGAGAUAGUACCUUCUUAGAUCUCUAUGGUUCCUAGACAUUUGGAUGCAAGUCUUUUAAAGUAGGAAUGAUCUCUAUGAGCUUUUGCUACUUUUCUAAGAUGUUUCUAGUUUUUGUUUAUGCCACAAUUGAGUGUUGGCAAAUUAGGCUAGAUGAUUGAUUUUUCCUUAAGAAGCGAGUUAUUCUUGCUUAGUUAGGCUUGCUCUCCAGCGAGCGUCCCUU